AUGAACAUGUGGUUGACCACGUCCUAUGAGGACUACCCUGUCUUGUUUAAGAACUUAACAGCCUCAAAUGGAGGACAGGCGUUUGGAAUAUUUUUGUUGUGCUUUGUUGCAUCAUUUGUCACGAAGGGAUUUGAUUUCGUCAGGAACUACCUUGAGGCCAAGGUUUGGAAAAACCCCAACUACCAAUAUCCUCAGCUGGUGAAAAUUAUUGAACAAUGCGAAUGUGAUGAGAAUGAGAAGACAUCUGAUGCAGAAGAGGGUCACACUUCAGCUGGUAUACAAAAGGUGUCUUUUCUUACUUCUCUGGUUAAAGACUUCAUCAGGCUUUUACUUGCAUUUUUGGCCGAAAUGUUUGCAUAUGCCAUGAUGUUGGUGGCAAUGACUUUCAGCGUGGUGUACUUUUUUGCCAUCGUGCUUGGAAUGGCGUUUGGUCGCAUCUUUUUUGAGAAAUUGAGCGAGCGGAUGAAUAUCACGGGGUCCAGCAGUUUGAAGAGCCACUGUUCUCCAUAA